CGGCCAUGUCGCUGCUGAGCGGGCCCCGACCGCGGCUCCGCGGCGCUGCCAGGAAGGGACCGAGGAAAGCGACGGCGGCCAAGCGGGAUUGGGACAGUACUGUCCAUGAUUUGACGGUUCACCGUGCAACUCCUGAGGACAUCCUGCGUCGCCAUGAAAUACACAAAUCAAAAAACAAAGCACUGGCACAUCUGGAACUGCAAGAGAAGGCACUGAGAAGAAAAUGGAAGAAGCACAAACAGUUGGCCCCUGAUUCGUUGGAGAAAAGGAAAUUGGCCCUGAUGCAUGAGAUUCUCUCUGAUCAAUACGAUUUGCAAGAUGUACUGAAACGGUCUGAUCAGGUUAUGGCUGUGGUAAAAGACUUGUUUGGGAAUGCCCCUCGCAUGCGAACAGGUUUCCCUAAUGUAACAGUGGCUCCUAACUGUGACUUAGAAUCAUCUCAGGGACCCAUCAUACAAAAAUGGGAACCUCCCACUCAGCUUUCCAUCCUUAGUGAAUCUGUCAUGGAUUCCCAGAGUGAAAUGCAACUGCAUGAGAAAGAGAUGAUGAGGCAACAUCAUGAAGAGAUGUUGAAUGAGCACAGAGAACUAAUUGACGCUCUGACUGCUGAAAUACUUCUAGUAAGGGAAGAAAACAUUGCUAUGCAGAAAAAGCUUCAGCAGUACAUGAUCGAAACAGAUGAAAAGAUGACCUCUCUCACACAAGCAUUUAAAGGCCUCCCUUUGAUAGAACCUAGGAGAGAAGACUUAAGUCCAAGCCAUUUUGGAAUUGCACACAGAAGUCCAUCAUGCACCCAAGAAAAACCUGAUCUGAGCUAUUUUGAAUCCAGGACUGAUGAAGGUGAAAGGAAGAAUAUGCUGAAAUUCCCACAGGAAGAACACCCUGUCAGGACUCCUCAGAGGCCAUGUGCCCCAGUAUUUACAACUGUUUCUCAGCCUGCUGAAAACACUGUGAGAGAGCCAUGCAAGGAGAGGAGCUCACCUUCCCCCCUGAAAACGUGGAGCGUGACUGAAGAAAACUAUCUCAUGUCUCAAAGGCAACCAAUUCCUCCUGCAGACAAAGACUUGCAGAGUUCUCAAGAGAAAAUCAGUUUGUCCUGCCCUGCUGUCACUACCAAAAAUGACAUAGUUGGAGAGUUCUCUCAAAGCAGUGAUCUGCUGGGACAGAUAGCUGAGCUCACACGGCAGAACUCACUAAUUAAAGCUCAGCUGAGCAAAUUCAGAAGCUUCUCUGAAGACAUAAGUGACUGUCUGCCUCAGCCAGACCCAAUACAAAAUGCAGAUUCUUGUCCAGACUCUUCACAAGGGCAGGCUCAUGUUGUGGUACCGAAGAGCUUGGAGGAAAGAAUAGCAGAGCUGAAUCGUCAGAGCACAGAAGCACGUGAUAAACUGCUGCAGCUAAUAGAUCAGCAGAAAUUAGCUGCUGCUGAUACAGUCUCUCAGAGAAUAUCUCCAGUUCUGCCCGCAUCCCGAAAUUGUACUGAAAAUGCAAGGAGGACAACUGAAGUGUCUGUUCCUGUGGCAGCUUCUGUGGACAGCUCCAAAGAAGACAGUGUUUCCCCUGGCAGUGUGACCACUAUGAGAAGGUCUGUAGGAGGCUCUAGCAAACCUUCUUCACCCCUAAGUACCACAUCAGAAAGUGUGACGUUAAAUCCUGUCAGUCAGAGGCCAAAGGCAGAAAAGCAAAAAGAAGAAGGCUGGUUUGCAUUGUCAAUGCACAUUAUGUAAAGGAAGCUGCGCUCAAGUACUAUUAUUUAUUUAUUUUAUAAACUUUCUUACAAAUCACAUUUAUAUCACUGUAGUCUCCCUCUCCGGAUGUACGCUUUAACUCUGAAGUGCUUUCCUGUGAAUUUAAAAAGGUCAGUAGUGCUUACUGUAUUUGUGCCAUACAGAAUACCGUAGGAAGUCCUGGGGAUGAGUUUCCAGAACAGACACACUGCUGUAACGCAACUCCUUUUCGCUCAAUAGGUCUUCCGUAAGUUUGUAAACCGGGGCUGGUGUAGCAAUGAGCUGUUAUUGUAUCUGUGGGUUGCAUUACAUGUACAGGUUGUAUUACCUAUGCUGAAGAAAAAUGAUUCAAGAAAACAUUUGAGAAACUUGAAAUUUCUGCAGCAUGUAUCUCUACAAGAUAAGGGAUUGGAAAAAAAAAGAAAAAAAGAAAGGGAAACUGAGAUGAGGGACUGCACAUACAUGUUCAAAAGCAACGUGGGGAUCAGGAAGCCAGUCUGUUCCUGCUGGAUAAGAAUUUGCUUCAGAAAUUACUUGCUCCUUCUAUGCGUUAUAGUUGCCCCCCAAAAAGGUGUUUUCAGUGCAGUUAACAUACCAAGGACUGCUUCUGAACUUGAGGAUUGCUUUUUUAAAAAAAUUAAGUAUUUUUUUAUAACAAGCAUAACUUGACUUGUGGAAGUUGAAUUAAAAGUUUCUAUUUGUAACAUACUGAAGCAUCAUCUCUGAUGCAACAGAAAACUGAUGAGAGUGCAAUUGUAUUAAGGUAUUCUGGUGUGUGUGUGUGUGUGUGUGCAUACGUAUAUGUUGUUUGUAUGUUGUUUUUAUUUGACUUUUUAAAAUGGCCAUCAUUUUAGUAUUAAUGUUAACCAAUAAAAUCUAGGAUUAUCACAAA